AUGGGUAGCAAGGAGAAGGAACCGAAUUAUUUGGAUAUUCUGAAAGAACAGUUUAGUGCUCUUCAGUCUGAAUACCUGGAAUUGCGUCGAAAAUACGAUUUGGAGCGUGCUGCGACGUCAUCAGAAUCAGAAGACACUUUCCCGGGACGUCUUCUGAAUCUGACGUCUUCUCUCCUCCAGAAACCAAAAUUCAGUGACGUCACAUUCAGAAUCUCAUCGUCAUCGUCGUCAACGCCUUCUGAAUCCACCGUAACCGUAAUCCCCGCCCACAAAUUCGUGUUGACCGCCCGUACCGACUACUGGAAAUUGGAUGAUGACGUCACUGGACAGAUUCAGGAGAUUUCAGAAGACGUCGUCGAUUUGGAUGCAUUCCAGACGGCGAUUCGAUGGAUUUAUACGGAUCAAAUUGAAAUGAAAACGAUGAGCGAUGAGAAGUUGCUCAGAGUGUGCGAAACGGCCGCUCAUUUUCGGUUGGAACAGUUGAAGAAUGUAUGUGUCCAACAACUGGGCGCCCGUCUCCACGUGGAUAAUUGCAUUCAAAUCUACGAAUUCGCCGAAAAACAACAGCUCCGCCCACUUUCUACAGUAUGCGGCACAAUGAUCGCCUCUUCGUGGCCCCAACUAGGCCCCGCCCACUUUGCAAAAAUGACCGCGCCGCUGUUGUAUCGAUUGAUUGAUGGAAACACCAAAAACGUGCUUCACAGUAUCGUAUCGAUCGGUCGGGAAGACGUCCUUUUUCUGUAUUUUAUGCAGAAUUCUGAACGAAUUCCCGAUUGUCUGAAUGAGAUGGACGCGGAGGGGGCGACCGCUCUGGAACACGCACUUUGCUCGAGUCACGAAAAAGCGCGUCUAAUCGCUGAACAACUCAUAGAGAAGAAGGCCAAUGUGAAUGUGAAGGAUAAGGAGAGAGGAGAGACGAUUCUGAUGAGAAUGUGUAGGAAAGAAAACUACUCGGCCAUGGAUUUUCUUCUGAAAAACGGAGCGGACGCGAGAAUUUGUCAAUCACCUGGGGACUAUAACGUCGUCCACGUCGCCACGCGGAUUCAUUCCGAUCAAGUGGGAAAAUGGAUUGAGGAGAAUAAGGAGAAACUGGAUUUGAAUAAGGUCGAUGCGGAGGAGAGAACACCCCUAAUGUGUGCCGUCAUCUCAAACAACCACCUCAUCUGCGAAUCACUCAUCCGAAGCGGUGUCCACCUCGACGUGGCGACUUCAGAAGGCCACACAGCUCUCUCCACAUGUCUUCUGAUAUCCGACGCUCCGAAUCGUCGAAUUUCAGAACUUUUAAUCCAAAAUGGGUCUCAAGUGGACUUCCGAAUCUACAGUAACCGUGUACCGUUUCUCAAUGAAAUUGUCUCUCGUCGGGAUACUGUAGGCGUUGAGGCUCUCCUCGCCGCUGGUGUCGAUUGCCACGUGGCGGAUUCUGAGGGGAAGACGGCGUGCCACGUGGCGGCCGAGACGGGCGCCACGGAGAUUAUGAGUCGGAUUGUGGAGGCGAGGAGGGGUGGGUUACGGUGGACAAGGGAUUCGGAGGAUAGGACGGCGUUGGAUAUUGCCGUCGAGAGGAGGGAUUUGAAGACGGCCAGGAUUUGUAUUAAAGGCGGUGCCGACGUGAAUUCGCAUGACAAAAAUGGGCGGAGCCUCCUAUCGAAAGCGAUCGUAUCGGAUGACGAUGAAAUUGGUGUGUUCCUUAUCGAAAAUGAUGCGAGAGCGAAGAAUGAGGAUCGAAUCCAUGGAAAAUCGUAUCUAGAAUCGGCGUGUGAACGUGGUCUCCUCAACACAGUUCGCUCGUUCAUUUCGAAUGGAUGUAAACUGAAUUCCCGUUGUUCCACAGGGUACACUCUGAUCCAUGCGGCACUCAGUCAACACAAAUUGGAUGUGGCCGCGGUUUUGGUGAAUUUCGGAUGCGAUUUGGAGUCGAAAGUGACACUGAACACGAGUGGAGACGUCAUGGAAGAGGGGGAUGAGUCUACCAACUGGUCUACUCGACAAACCCUUCUCCACCGUCUAAUCGAUGACGGCGAUCAGCAAGGAGCGGUGUUUUUGAUAGAGAACGGGGCGGAUGUGAACGCCCGUAGGGAAUACAGUAACCCAUCGGACGACGAUCUAUUCACACCGUGUCAUAUGGCCAUUUCGUGGGCUCAAAAUGAGAUUUUAAUGGCUUUGAGAGAUAAGGGGGCGGAUUUGUCGGCUGUCGAUACGGAUGGAAGAACACCCGCUCAUAUUGGGGUUAGGGAACAGAAUGUCGAUGGGGUCAAGAUUCUCCUUGAAGCGGAAAAUGUGGAAUUCAUUCCGAUUCGUGAUAAAUUCGGACAAACUAUUCUAUCACAAUCGAUGGCUGUGAAAGAUCAUCAGAUAGCCUCUCUAAUCGUCGCCCGCUUUUUUUCACUCCGAAACUCUAAUUUCUUGCAGAUAGCCUCUCUAAUCGUGGCCCGUCAACCUCACGCGGCCGUCCAAACGAAUGGAAACGGAGAGAAUUUGUUGCAUCAAGCAAUCCGUCAGAAUGAUAUUGAGAGUGUUCUAUUCCUUCUAGCAGUCGCCAAAGCGGAUCCAUGUCGUCCGAUAACCGAUGGAAGUGGGAAGACACCCCUCCAUUUGGCAGCCGUCGCCCGUGACGAAAUGAUUCUGAGAAAUCUGAUUCUUGUGAAUGACGACGUCAAUGUCACGUCUUCUGAUGGAACCACUCCACUACUGGAGGCAUUAAAACAUCGAAAUGAUAAACAUGCGGGCAUUCUCAUGGAGAAUGGGGCGGAGCCGAAUUUAAAGGAUGAAUAUGGGGAGAAUGCAAUGCUAUGCGCCGUCCGUAGUGGAUCACUCGACUGUAUUCGUGCCGUGGCGGACAGUCCGAAAACCAAUCGAUACGCGAGGAAUAAGAUUGGUUACACAUCACUGCACAUUUGCGCUCUACUGACAAUCGACAAAUUGCCGAAACGAACGACGAGUAGUGACGUCAUCGAGUUGAUACUGAAUUACGAGGAGACGGAGGAAUCGAAAUGGAAUGAAAAACAGUUUGCAAGUUUCAUUGAUGCACGAGAUUCCGAUGGAAAUACGGCACUCAUGAUUGCAUACUCACAGGGAAAUGCCGGGGUGUGCAGAUCCCUCCUGAAACGACGUGCUUGCAUGGGUCAACGAAAUAAUGGAGACGUGAAUGUGUUCACGUACGAGACGGCCACAAAACAACUCCUUCUCGGUUUAUUGGAAUCCCUAGAAUCAGAACCCCGUUGGUCUGACGGUGACACGUGUGACUGUGGCUCCAAAUUCUCCCUGACAUCCCGAAAACAUCACUGCCGUCAUUGUGGUCGUCACGUGUGCUCCAAAUGCUCCGAGACGACAAUGCCCAUCGCAAAAUACGGAGAAGAGAAGCGAGUUAGAGUGUGUGAUGUGUGUGCACACGUCAUCUCCACUGGCACUGCGCCACGACGAUAG